UCGGUUUUAGCAAGGUAGGGAAAUGGGCAUGGCGCUCGCUCGCUAGAUUGUAGCUCGCGCGUCCAUCGGUCGGCAUGUGGCGGUGAUCGCAGGAUGGAGCGCUCGAUCUCCAUGGAGAGCUGGGAGGAAAUGCAGCGCCACGGGCAGGGAUUCAUUGCCGAGAAAUUUAAUUCCCUGGCCCAGGGAUUGGGAUGCAUGCUCCAGAGCCACAUUCGAUCCUCCACUGGGGUUUGCGUGCCACAGGCCGACGAUGCGAGCCGGCAAGAGCCGCAAAGCUGGGGCAUACGAUUGAAUUUGCCAUGGCCGUUCAUGGAGCAGCAGCAGCAGCAGGAACAAAGAAGUGAGAACGAGAGAGAGCGAGCUCAAAUCUCUGGCAAGGGGCCGCUUCUUCCCAUUACUCAUAGAGCUCCGGAAAUCUCCUCCGCGUUUUUGGAGCUCGGGAACAGGCUGGGACAAGCUCGAGCGGAUCUGGGGGCAUGCGUCGGUGGUUUCGUCGGCCAUGUCGUGAAUCAGUUCCACAAAGCUCCGCCGGGAUUGAGUUCCGGGAAUUCGCUUCCUCUUCAUUGUGGGUCGGAGGAUGGAUUGGCCGGAGGAACUAUGGAGUGGAAGGACAGUAGCAGCGAUGCCGGUGUCAUGCUGAACUCCUGGCAAAGUCCGACUAGCGCAAGGCAAAGGAGGAUGGAAGAAGGACUGAGAGAAGCUCAUGUUGUCACUGCAGAGGCGCCAGCUUCUUACGAGGCUUCUAGAGAGGAGCUAGUGGCAGCCAUCACCAAGUCAUCGAAUCAAUUCCACAAGCAGAGUAGCAUCACUGUAACUACGACUUACGAUAGUAGGACUCAGGACAUCGAGAGCUCGGUCGUCGCAAGGGGGGACCUGUGGAGGGCCGAGGCGUCCCAUGGAGGAGCUUCCUCGAGCAAUGGUUCGUCUCCUUUGUUCCUCUUGCAAAUCGGGCCUAUCCUGUUUGUCCGGGACACAACGCUUCUGUUACCGAUACAUUUGUCCAAGCGUCACUUGCUGUGGUAUGGCUUUGAUCGAAAGAAUGGAUUGCAUUCCUUGUGCCCGGCUAUAUGGUCCAAGCAUCGGAGAUGGCUGCUCAUGUCAAUGAUCUGUUUAAAUCCUCUGGCAUGCUCUUUCAUGGACUUGCAGUUUCCAAAUGGUCAGAUGACGUACGUAGCGGGCGAAGGUGUGUCCGGGAGCGCUUUUCUUCCAGUUUACGGUGGACUGCUGCAAUUACAAGGUCGGCAUCCCGGAGAAAGCAAACUCAGCUUCUCAAUCAAGAAUCAAUGCGGGACGAGAAUCUGCCCGUCCCUCCACUUGCCAGAAAAAUCAGUGUCUGUUGGAGUUACUCAGCCUCUAGCGUGGCAGAGGUCGGGAUUAAUGCUGAGACCCACUGUACAGCUCAGUGUCACUCCAACUUUCGGUGGACGAAACGCCGGCUGGAGGGCCGAGGUUGUACACUCACCAAAGGAAAAACUCAGCGUUGCUUGUGGCUGCUCGCCCACGCUGGAGCCAUCGGCAUUUGCAUCCAUCUCGGUGGGCCGAUCGAAGAGAAACGGUGAACACACCGGAAGUUCUGGCCUAGUUUUGCAAGUCGAGACCCCGCUCGAGAAUCUGCGACGAGCUUCGUUCUCUCUGCAACUCAGCAGUAGUGUGGAGUUUUAAAGGAGAGAGGUAUGUGUAUAAACACUUACUGUUUAUAUGGCUAUGCUAGCUUCCCUGGCGUGUACAAAAGCUCUAGCUAGCUAGUAGUAGGAGUAGUAGCACAGAUCCAGAGAUCGAUCAAAUCGUAAAGAAAAAGGGAAAGUUCCUCAA